UAAAAAGUUUUGGUCCAACCUGCCAGAUGAGAUCUGUGUUAAAGACAAGAUGACAGAGUCAGAUGAAGAGCAGUGCUGGAACAGUCACGCCAAGGCCAGGUAUUUUCCUGAGGUGGUAAAGGACGGCCUCACCAACCAGCUGAACAACCCAGAGGUAGAGGUGGACAUCACUAGACCAGACACUCUGAUUCGCCAACAGAUCAUGACACUCAGAGUCAUGACCAACAAGCUGAAAAACGCCUACAAUGGAAACGACAUCUACUUUCAGGACUCCAGUGACGAGGGCAGCGGCAGCGCCAGCGGCAGCGGCUGUACAGAGGGAUGCACCACAGAGUUUGUGUUUGUGGGUUCAGAGGCCCCCGUGGUGGGAGCAGACAGGAGUGACGAGCGCGCCUCAGCUACGGCAGGCAGCGCCCCAAAACAUCCCUCCGGACCGUCUCUACUGACGCUGCUCUCCCUGACUCUCACAGCCCUGUCCUGGCCCGGGAGAUAAUACCAGCCGGCCUGAGAGGACGCCAGGGCAUAACCAGACAGACAGACAGCUUGGUUGUCAUGCUGACUGUUAGUGUUCUCUAAAGGGAACCGGAACAGGACUUUGGAACCCCCCAAACAUGAAGAGAUACGGUCUCAGUAGUAAACCGUAGUAGACUGAGGAGUGUUGUGUGAGUGUUGCAGUGCUGCAUCCUGCUUUUGUCCCCAAGUUCUCUCUGCUCUGUUCUGCUCUUCUCUGCUCUGCUUGGUGACUUCCAGAACAGAACCUACCCGUCAGUGGAGCAGCCAAACUUCUGACCUUUUCUCUUGUCUCCAAACCAACCCAACCCGCUUCUCUCCUUAACUCUGACUGAACAACAACGUGCUCCUUUCUCUCCUGGAGAGACAGAACGAGAUGUUCUUUAAAAACGAUGAUGAUGAAUUAAAAAAAUACAUGAGAUUCUAUUUUUCCUUUCUUUUAUACGGCAGAAUUAUGAAACCUACCAAAUGUACAGAACAUAAUAGAAGGAGAGAAGCCUGAGAAAGUUCUGUCAGUGUCCCAUACAUCCUCCCACAACAGAGAGAGAACGUUCUGUCAGUGUCCCAUACAUCCUCCCACAACAGAGAGAGAACGUUCUGUCAGUGUCCCAUACAUCCUCCCACAACAGAGAGAGAACGUUCUGUCAGUGUCCCAUACAUCCUCCCACAACAGAGAGAGAACGUUCUGUCAGUGUCCCAUACAUCCUCCCACAACAGAGAGAGAAAGUUCUGUCAGUGUCCCAUACAUCCUCCUACAACAGAGAGAGAAAGUUCUGUCAGUGUCCCAUACAUCCUCCCACAACAGAGAGAGAACGUUCUGUCAGUGUCCCAUACAUCCUCCCACAACAGAGAGAGAAAGUUCUGUCAGUGUCCCAUACAUCCUCCCACAACAGAGAGAGAACGUUCUGUCAGUGUCCCAUACAUCCUCCCACAACAGAGAGAGAACGUUCUGUCAGUGUCCCAUACAUCCUCCCACAACAGAGAGAGAACGUUCUGUCAGUGUCCCAUACAUCCUCUCACAACAGAGAGAGAAAGUUCUGUCAGUGUCCCAUACAUCCUCCCACAACAGAGAGAGAAAGUUCUG